AUGUCCAAUGAUCCAAAGACGCUCUUGGCCGCCAAGUUUCUCGACUCGUUCCUACGCGAGAUUGUACUUGACACGGCCAUCCACACCCACGCCAAGAUCAAACGCGCCCGCUCCAUCUGCCACCUCUGCGGCGUACGAUGCCAAGCACACACUCCUGCCGCCGAACAGCCCUCAUCCAACAACGGUGCUUCUCUAGAUAUAUCAUCCACGGCUUCGCGCUCAGCAACGCCCGUGCCCGGCUCGACGUCGACUGCACCGCACAAACCGGACUAUUACUCGAACAAUCCGCUCUUCGAAUGUUUGGUCUGCUCGCGCCAGGUGAGCUCCAAUCGCUACGCUACGCAUCUCGCCAAAUGCAUGGGCAUGGGCAGCAAAGGUGGACGUAAAGGUGCUGCUAGAAACGCCAAAGCGGCAAUGUCCAGUCUGACUGGCUCGAGUAGGCAGAGUGGCGCGGGCACGCCGAGGUAUGCAAGCGAUGCCGACGAUGACAGCUUUGCGAAGCGUAAGAAUGGCAGCGUAGUGACGGGCAAAAACGGAGUGAAGCGCGGCAGCAGUCCGCUUGCUGCAAGCACGUUGGCCAACGCAAGAAUGAACAAACGCAUCAAGACCAGCUCGCCCACACCUCCUCCCUCGGACAGCUUGGGCACGGGCAUGAGCCGCUCCUAUUCGUCCCAACCUUUCGCGCCAUCCGGACUGAGCAACUCGACCGUGCUCAGCGGCUCCCCACUCAACCCCAACAACACCACGACGCCUUUGAACGGCAAAGCGAGCCCGGCGAAGAACGGCAGCAAGAACGCAGCGUCACCAAAGAAGCGCAAACGGCUCAUCGAUGAUGACGAGGAAGACGACGACGAUGGUGGGGCCGACUUGUACCACGACGCUUCGGACGGCGACUCGAAUGAGGAGGAAGGCGAGAUCUCGGACGACGACAAUGACGACGAUGAUGAUGAGGAUGUCGCGCUGGCCGCGGGAUCCGUUUCUUCUCGUCCACCAGGGAACGGCACCAAGAUCCAAAUACCUCUACGCUCGACACCCUCGUCGACGCCAAAGCCAAAGACGUUUAUCGUAGCCGACGACUCGGACUCGGAUACCGUUCUGUCUACCAAUCGCAAAUCUCACCAGGCGCUGGACGACGAUGACGAUGAGGAUGAUGACGACGACGAUGACGCUGACGAUGACGACGACGAGGACGAUGCGGAUGACGACGACGACGACGUGCAGGUGUCAAGGGCGGCUCAAGGCCGAAGUGCGGGUACCAAGUCCAAGAAACCCUCCGCGUCUUCGAGUGGCAACGGUGGCCUGCAACGCGAACGUGGCAGCGACGGCGAAUUCAUCGACGUCGAAAGCGCCUCGGAUCAAAGCGAUGCCGAUUCUUUCUAG